AUGACUACCGCACCACACAUGCCGGGCAAGGCGCACAGCUCCGAUGAUGUGCACCAGCGGCCAAGAGGCAUCCUCAAGAACUCCAACCCAUUCCAAACCGCCUCCGCUCCGAUGGCACCCACCGCUCCACCCUCGGUUCUAACCAUAUCUGAGCCCGAGGAGACCAAGGACAUCACCAUCCUCAACACCCUGCAGAACGCAGGCCGGCGAUCCUCGUCCACCCGCCCAGGGUCUCAGUCGCGCCGACAGUCAUCAGCCAGCGCCCAUGACGACACCGAGCCCCGCCUAAAGUGGGAUGAAGCGAACCUGUACCUCACCGAGCAGGAGAAGACAGCGAAGAUGAAGAUCGACGAACCGAAGACUCCUUACGCCCCCCACUACGACCCCAGCGAAGACGAGGAGCAGAUGCGCCUCGACGAUGCAAAGCAACGCCUCAUCGAUGCGCAGGGCCUCCUCGUCGACGAGCUGGACAAGUCGACCAAACCCCGGAAAGCUGUGGCAGAAGAUGAAAUCCCCGACCUGGAGCUCGGUGAGCCCGAGGAAAACCUAGAGGAUAUUGCUAUGAACGAUGACGCUCGUGUCUUCCGUGACCGUAGCAUGAGUAUGGACUCGCACAAGAGCGAGAAGCAUGUUCAGGUCGGCGGGGAAGAUGCAAAUGGCGCCGAGGCGCCUGAGCAUGAUCCGCUCUUGACGACUGAAGAGGCCCGCGCACGGCACGCUCAUUUCGAGCAGCAGCGGAGGAGGCACUAUGAGAUGAGGAAUAUCAAGGAGCUACUUGCCCAUCCCGAGGAUUUGGACGAGGAAAUGGAAGACAACGACGGAUCGGAGACUGGUUCCCCGUCGUCUAUGCCUCAAAUUCCUGAACGGUUCCGUACCAACGGAAAAUAG